AUUUAUCUCUGGCACUGCGCCAGAAAUACAGCGCGCUGGUUUCCACUAGGUCCGCGUCUUGGGUAUAUCUUCCCUCGCGUACACGCCGUGUCUCAUUUCUCCAAACACGAACCAGAAGAAAACAUUAAUUCAGCAGCAUGUCCGGCAGAGGGAAAGGCGGAAAGGGGCUCGGGAAAGGCGGCGCUAAGCGGCACCGGAAAGUUCUCCGCGACAACAUCCAGGGGAUCACCAAACCUGCGAUCAGGCGCCUGGCUCGCCGCGGAGGCGUGAAGCGUAUCUCCGGUUUGAUCUACGAGGAGACACGCGGUGUGCUCAAGGUCUUCCUGGAGAACGUGAUCCGCGACGCCGUCACUUACACCGAACACGCCAAGCGCAAGACCGUCACCGCCAUGGACGUGGUGUACGCGCUCAAGCGCCAGGGACGCACCCUGUACGGCUUCGGCGGCUGAAACACAUAAACCUGGACUUCAUAUUCUGAUAAAAAAAACAAAACAAAACAAAAAAAAAACCCCAAAAGGCUCUUUUAAGGGCCGCCCAGAUGUUCUGUCUAAGAGCAAAAUCCUGUCUUUUUUUUUUUAUUUCUAUCUGAAAUCAAUGUGAGAUUUGUUUUGAGUACAAUAAACGUGAUUUUAAUUCA